AUGGAGAUCACGAUUAUAUCAGCUGAAACCCUAUGCAUGAACGGAAAACCAAUAAGAAAAGACACAUACGUUGUUGUUCACACGCAAUCAUGCACCAAAUUCUUCAAAACAAGGACAGAAGAAGAGGGUGGGAGAAAGAACCCUUCAUGGAACGAGGAGUUCUUGGUUGAUGGAGCCAACAACAUCACGUUAGAGGUGCAAUGGAAGACAUGGCUGGGUUUUAAAAGUGUGGGAGCAGCACGAAUAGCGGUUUCUAAGUUUGUUUCAGAAAAUAGCUUGCAGUUUUUGAGUUAUAGGAUUUGGGAUGAGAAGGGUAAGAGAAAUGGGUGUUAG